AUGUUUGGACACGUCCGUAUUAAGGACGUUAAGGACAUGUUUGGCUGCGAACAAAAGGGAAAUAACAGUCUUAUCAUUGCAGAUUCCCCACAUAAAUCUUUCUCAUAUACACAAAACGCUACUUCUUUCUACACUGAUGGCUCAAAGAAUUCGGAGGGUGCUGUUGGGGCCGGCGUCUUCUCUCCUGGGAUGGCCGAUAGUAUCGGCCACAGGCUCCCACCGGAGACGUCAAUCUUUUCUGCGGAGCUUUGGGCUCUGUAUCAGGCUGUUCUCGCUGCUGAUGAUCUUGGACGGCAGCGUAAUAUCAUCUUCUCGGACUCAAAGAGUGCUCUAAACGCGAUACAGGACAUGGGGAGAACUCGCCGUAAUUACAUCAUUUACUACAUUAAACAAGCCUAUCAUGAUGCAAUCAACAGAGGCAAGGAGACCUUGUUUUGGGUCCCGGCCCACUCCGGUAUUCCCGGGAAUGAAUCUGCGGACUUGGUUGCCAAGCAGGCAGCGUUAGAUGGAUAUUCUCCGGAAUUUCAUGUACCAUACGAAGAUCUCUUAGUCGAGUUCAAACGUUAA